AAGUAAGAAACAGAACCAAAAAACAGAGCAACUCUCAGUGUGAGAAACUUUUACACUCUUUUCAAAAGUGUAAAGUGGGAAAACAAGAAAAAAAAGUUUAGGCUUUUAAAUGGGUUCUUGUAAAGAAGAAGAACCAAAAUGGUUGUGGGUUAAUGGACCUAUUAUAGUAGGUGCAGGUCCUUCUGGUUUAGCAGUUUCAGCUUGUCUUAAAGAAAAUGGAGUCCCUUCACUCAUUCUUGAGAGAAGUGAUUGUAUUGCUUCUUUAUGGCAACAAAAGACUUAUGAUCGCUUAAAACUUCAUCUUCCUAAACAAUUCUGUCAACUCCCAUUGUUUGAUUUCCCUGAAAAUUUCCCAAAAUACCCCACAAAACACCAGUUCAUUUCUUACCUUGAAUCUUAUGCUAAACACUUUUCUAUCACCCCCAAGUUCAAACAAAGUGUUAAAAAUGCAGAAUUUGAUGAAGUUUGUGGGUUUUGGAAAGUACAAACUCAAGAUUUUCAGUAUUUGUCGAAAUGGUUGAUUGUUGCAACAGGGGAAAAUGCAGAGGCAGUUAUUCCAGAAAUUUCAGGGAUUGAUAAGUUUAAAGGAAGAUUAAUGCAUACAAGUGUUUAUAAAUCUGGUACUGAGUUUAUUAAUCAAAGGGUUUUGGUAAUUGGUUGUGGAAAUUCUGGUAUGGAAGUUAGCCUAGACCUUUGUAGACAUAAUGCCAUUCCUCACAUGGUGGUCAGAAAUUCUGUGCAUAUUUUACCUAGGGAAAUGUUAGGAAUAUCAACAUUUUCAAUAGCUAUGGCACUUCUAAAAUGGAUGCCUUUAAGAAUAGUUGACAAGUUCCUAUUACUAGUUGCUAACUUAACCUUAGGUAGCACUGAUAAAUUAGGUCUCCGGCGACCAAAAACCGGUCCUAUUGAACUUAAAAAUGCCACCGGAAAAACUCCGGUACUCGACGUUGGAGCAUUAUCACAAAUAAAAACCGGAAAAAUUCAGAUAAUGCCAGGUGUGAAGGAAAUUACUAAAAUAGGUGCAAGAUUUUUAGAUGGCAAAGAAGGAGAAUUUGAUUCAAUAAUCUUAGCAACAGGAUACAAAAGCAAUGUGCCUUCUUGGUUUAAGGGAAGUGAUUUCUUCACAGAGCAAGGGAUGCCAAAAACACCAUUUCCAAAUGGUUGGAAAGGGGAGAAUGGAUUAUAUACAGUGGGAUUUACAAGAAGAGGAAUUUUAGGGACUGCAAAUGAUGCAAAAAACAUUGCCAGGGACAUAAGUGAACAAUGGAGAGAAUUCAAGGGCUUCUGUAAAAACUUUUGUACUACAAGAAAUCUAUCAGAUAGCCAAGGCAUAUGUUUUUAGCCUUUUUAGUUUUAGAGUUAGAUGUUAGUUAAAUUUUCCAAAAAGGGUCUUUAAGUUUUGGAAAAAGUAGUUAGGGGCUCAUAAAAUGUAAUUUUAGUUGUUCAAUAUUUUCAACAAGAGUAAAGUUCAUCCUUCUA